AUGGAGGGGUUUUUGCUUGCCAAUGGCUACCAGCUGGGCAGGACCAUUGGGGAGGGGACCUACUCCAAAGUGAAGGAGGCUUUUUCCAAAAAGCACGGGAAGAAAGUGGCAAUUAAAAUAAUAGAUAAGAAGGAAAUGCCAGAAGAGUUUAUUCACAGAUUCCUGCCCCGGGAGCUCCAGAUUGCCACACGCUUGGACCACAGGAACAUCAUCCGCGUGCACGAGACGCUGGAGUCUGCAGAGGGGAAGAUCUGCCUUGUGAUGGAGCUGGCGGAGGACGGGGACAUCUUUGACUAUGUGCUCCGCGAGGGUCCCCUGCCCGAGACUCACGCCAGGGCACUUUUCCGCCAGCUGGUCGAGGCCAUCCAGUACUGCCACGGCUGCGGGGUGGCCCACCGCGACCUCAAGUGCGAGAACGCCUUGCUGCACGGCCACACCUUGAAGCUGACGGAUUUUGGCUUCGCCAAGCGGCUCCCCAGGGACAGCAGGGAGCUGAGCUGGACCUUCUGCGGCAGCACAGCCUACGCAGCACCCGAGGUGCUGCAGGGCGAACCCCACGACAGCUGCAAGGGCGACAUCUGGAGCAUGGGCGUCCUUCUCUACGUCCUGCUCUGUGCCCGCCUGCCCUUCGACGACACCGACAUCCCCAAGAUGCUGCACCAGCAGCAGAAAGGCGUCUCCAUCCCUGGGCACCUGGGCAUCUCCAAGGAGUGCCAGAACCUCCUCAAAACACUCCUGGAACCAGACAUGACGCUCAGACCCUCCAUCGAUGGGGUCAGCAGCCACCCGUGGCUGACUCACCCCUGA